GUGGUCCCUUGCGGCGACUUGUUCUGCGGUCUGAUCCGAGUGGACUCUUGCUCUGUGGAUGCUCAGGAAGAGGACAUCUGAGCGCUAGCAGCACAUCUAUGCUGGCUGCCGCCAACAGCCAUACCGGGGAGCCUAUCAUCUGCUGCUAAACGUUCGUCUUCGUUGCAUGGUGCCGUCGUGAUUUCACAGAGACUGAUUCGCUAUUUGAAUACCAAAGCUGGACAAGUGACCCUGGUCAAUGUAUAUAGCUCUUACCUCAUCUCCACCUGAAAUGAAUGCCAACAGUAUGCCUAAACAAGUGGAAGUGAGAAUGCACGAGAGUCAACUCGAGCCAAUAGAGGCCCGGCCUCAGUCCAAAUGUGCCAGAGUCUGCUCCAAGCUGUUCACGAACCUUCUGCUCACACUCACCAUCCUUGGUGUGAUCUUAGGAGCAGUGUCAGGGAUAUUGCUUCGUGUUGCCUCCCCAAUUCACCCAGACAUAAUCAUGGUCAUUGCCUUUCCUGGAGAUAUCCUCAUGAGGAUGCUGAAGAUGCUGAUCCUGCCUCUUAUCAUCUCCAGUUUAAUUACAGGACUGGCUGGUUUGGAUGCCAAAUCUAGUGGUCGUCUGGGUACCAGAGCAAUGGUCUACUAUAUGACCACCACUAUUAUUGCUGCCAUCUUGGGAGUCAUACUAGUGUUGGUCAUCCACCCUGGAAACCCCAAACUGAAGGAGAAUCUUGGAGAGGGAGAGAAGAACGAUGAUGUGUCCAGCUUGGAUGCCUUCUUUGAUCUGAUCAGGAACCUGUUCCCAGAGAACCUGGUGCAGGCGUGUUUCCAACAGAUCCAGACGGUGACUAAGAAGGUGGAAGUGGUUAUCGAGGAGGAUGUCAAUGCCACCACUAUGGAGGGCUUGUUGGCAAACAUUACCAAGGAGCCACAGUUUGUCGUUAAAAAAUCCCUGCAGUUCAAGAGUGGAAUGAAUGUCCUGGGUCUGAUUGGUUUCUUUAUUGCAUUUGGCAUCUGCAUGGGCAAGAUGGGCGAGAGGGCCAGACUGAUGAUUGAAUUUUUCAACAUUCUCAAUGAGAUUGUGAUGAAACUUGUCAUCAUGAUCAUGUGGUAUUCUCCUUUUGGUAUUGCCUGCCUGAUCUGUGGUAAGAUCAUCUCCAUCAAGGACUUGGAGGUGGUGGCCAGGCAGCUGGGAAUGUACAUGGUCACUGUGAUUGUUGGCCUCAUCAUUCAUGGAGCAAUCUUCUUGCCGAGUAUCUAUUUUGUAAUUGUCAGGAAAAACCCCUUCAAAUUUUUCUUGGGUAUCUUCCAGGCCUGGAUUACUGCCCUGGGCACUGCAUCAAGUGCCGGCACACUGCCUGUUACUUUCCGCUGUCUGGAAGAGAAUUUGGGAAUUGACAAAAGAGUCACUCGUUUCGUGCUCCCAGUUGGUGCCACCAUCAACAUGGAUGGAACUGCUCUGUAUGAGGCUGUGGCUGCCAUCUUCAUUGCCCAGAUGAACGGUGUCCACCUGGACCCCGGUCAGAUUAUCACUGUUAGCCUCACAGCCACUCUGGCCAGUGUUGGAGCUGCCAGUAUUCCCAGUGCUGGACUCGUGACCAUGCUCUUGAUCCUGACUGCUGUGGGGCUGCCAACUCAGGACAUCAGUCUGCUAGUUGCUGUUGACUGGCUUCUGGACCGGUUCAGGACCUCUGUAAAUGUGGUUGGGGACUCCUACGGUGCAGGCAUCGUGUACCACAUGUCCAAGGCGGAGCUUGAAGAGCUGGAUGCGCACAUGGUUAAAUCAGACGACAUCGAAAUGACAAAGACCCCAUCGUUGUACGACGACAUGAAGAACCACCACGAAAACAAUUCCAACCAGUGCGUCUUAACGCCUACCGCAAAUGCUAACAAUUCUGUCGUAGUAGAUGAGUGCAAGGUAACCUCAGCCACAAACGGCUCUGCUGCGGAGUGCACGCUUGUUGAGGAGGAACCAUGGAAACAUGAAUAAUGGCAGUGCAGAGAUCCCCUGCUCCUGGGCUCCACAAGUUUUCCUUUCUGGUGAUGAAAAAAAGAGUGAAUGAAAAAAAUAUCAUAUGAACAGAACUACUAAUGUUUAUUAUGUAGUCUAGUUUUCUUUAUUAUUAGUCCCUUUAAGAUUCUUUUUGUAAUAGUCUCUCUGACUGAUAAAUUCUACUAAUUCACUUAACUGUGAAAAGACAACAGCGGUACACGCUUCCUGUUAGAGCACAAUUCUGCCCUUAGUAGCAGACACUUGCACAAGGUUGAAGGAGAGAAGAAAGAUAAAAACAUUAAAAACUACACACUAUUGCGAGCAAUACAUUCAUGAAGCGUCAAUUAUUGUAAUGAGAGUGGGAGUCGUUAUGGCGAUCACUUCCCCACUUUUCUUCCUUUUCAUUACCAUCAGGAGCACACCUGCUAAGAUCAUGUUUAUUUUUAGUCUCAAAAUCCACCUGACUGCAAUGACCUAGUAUGCUGAAGAAUUGAUGAAAGGGUUGGAGGCGGGUUAUGCCGAGCCUUAUAUCACAAUAUUCAUUCUUCAACAUUAAAGCACAAAUCGUACUAUGGAGACAAAUCUUAAGACACAAUGUGUUUCUUUUUUAAUUUACUAUAAUCUAGGAAAUAAUUUUUCGCUUUUCUUUGACAUGUGUGUGUGCGCGUGUGUGUGUGCGCGUGUGUGUGUAGGCGUGCGUGUGCAGGUGUGUGUGUGUGUGUGUGUGUGUGUGUGUAUGGGUGUGCAUUCGGAAGUAUAAUAGUAUAUGACUAAGUCAGUUAUUGGGACCAAACGGACAGGAAAAAAAUAUUACUAUUAUUAUUAUUCUAAGUAUUCAAACUUCCACAGUCACAUCAAGACCAAUUAUUUUUGUCUGUUUACAAUGGAUACAAUCUCAAAUUCCAAUGAAAUUCCAUAUUUAAAGAACAGCAUAUUACUGCCCAAAAAGAAUGAUUUACACCAAUGAAAAAGUGAAUUUUGCAUCGUAACACCAAUGAAGAAUUGGCUGGUCUAAAUCUCUUAUGGCACAAAUGAAGAAAGAUGUAAAGCACAAAGCAUGUGGCACAAAAAAAAAAAAAAAAAAAAAAAAAAAAAGCUAAUGAGCCAUCGAAUUCAAUUGCCUUAAGCGGCACGUUCAAAAUUAUGCAAAUACCUUGAUUCCCAGAGAUUCUCAGGCUUUAAUGUUUACUCCUGACACAUUAGCAGAAACCCUAAUGUUUACUUCCUCACAUGAUCUUUUCACAUCAAGGUAUGGAGCUUAAUUGCACAACCAUUACAAAUUUUGAUGACGACAAUGGCAAUAUUUGAGUGCAAAAAAACUUUCUGCAAAAAUGUCUACUACAUUCCGGUGGUUGACGGAUCCUCUAGCUGUGUGUAGGGCCAAAUUAGCUUUGAUGAAACAGAAAGAAAUGAGAGAAAGUGCAGCCAAUGGAUGUCAGAUGGGAUUCUUGACAUGCACAAACAGAGGCAGACCAUAGAUAUUUAUACUCAUCCUCAAGAAGCCUCCAAGAUUCUUGUUUUGCCAGAUGUACAAAAGCAAACAAUUCCAUAUUUUUAGCCACCGGAGUCCAAGACUGUUUCUACAAACCCUAGAUGCUGCAGUUGUGUGCCCAUAUCCAUGAUUUCACUCAACAAAACAGUAGACACAUAAUCCCUUACUUUUUACCACAAUCAGGUAAUGUUAUGUUUUUGCAACUCUCAUAAAGCAACACAAAUGGACGACUGUGUGUCUUAGCCUGUAUGAAUGAGAAUUCUGUGAUUUUUUUUUUUUGUCAGUGUUGUGUCCUUCUCUUCUGUCUUGUUUCUCUUCAUUCGUGCUUGACGACAACUCGGCCUUGAAGACGUUUGCGUUACACUGAUCAAAAGCACACACAAACCACAUCAAAGUAACAAUAGAAAAAGCUAACAAGAUAUAGCGCACCUCUCAGUGUAGUCGAGUUCCUGACGCACAGGCUCACAAGCCAUCUUAGUGGGCUUCCAUAACGCCACAAUGCACAUUUGUGGAACACAUAUGCAUAUGAACACGCCCAUAUAAACCGUCAAGUUGAUAAAAUAUUGAAGAGCACAGCACUGACACCCUAACAGGCCCUUCCAGUUUGACCGCAUGGCCUAGUUGCGUUCAGGAACAAAGUCUUUCCAUUAAUUAGACUAUGAACACCAUCAUGAUAAGAGUUGGACCAUGUUUACCUUCAAACUAUUUUAGAAGCAUGAAUAAAAUGAAAUGAAAAUUAUUAUAAUUUUUUUUUUUUGCACCACUAUCUUAAAAGCAUGAUAUUUGAAGUGCCUCCUUGCACUUUUGUGUAUAUACUGUAUUGUAGUCAACAGUGUUUUGAUGUUGUCAUUUGUUUUCCUCCAUUUUUCCUUUUGGGAGUGUUCAAAUGGUUUGUAGGAAUAUAGUUUUAUUGCUGUUACAUUAUAAAUGUAAUACUAUAGAAAAUAUAUCAUCUAUGUCCUGAGUAGAACUAGAUUAGACGAAACGUAUUGGCAGGAACUCGUGUAUUAAAUUGCUUGUUUGUUCUUUUUUAUUCUCUAAUAACUAGGUGCUUUACUUAUCUGUCACUCAACAAUAUACAGUAUAAAUAUGUUUUUGUAUCUAAUGUAAGCCUUUUGAAUGUUUGUUCCUUGACAAUAUAAGCAGUGUGCAUUCAUUUUCAUUGUACAUAAAAUAGAUAUAUACGGUAAAUGUUCUGAUCCGUGGCAAUGCAGAAUAUCCUCAAGCAACAUUUGCAUGAGGAGGGAAAAAAAACCAAGAGGGUCUGCACAAGAGUAAACGAGGGAAGAAGGAGACGUUUGUUAAAAACGGCCAACAUGACUUUAUUUGGUGGAGACUGUGAGAAAAGAAGGUAAAACGUUGUCCGUACGUACGUAGGCAAGAGUGAAGAAUCAAAUGGCGCCUAGUAGUUACUAAGUGAGUGAACAACUAUCCCAUUUUCAAAUAAAACUUCACAAUAUUGAACAACAUUCCUCAGGUGAAUCAUUGUGUCUGUUUAAUGGCGAAGACUGGCCUUUUCUCAUUGCCAGUUUUGGCAUCAUGUUUGACCUGAUGCUUUGUUAGUAGCAUAUCGUGGAUCUCUAAGAUUGCUUUCAGGUUCUUCGUUAAAGUGCCACACAUGCAACCUACUUUAUAGCGAGACUGUCAUGCCAUCGCCAACAUAUCCCAUAGUAAACUUGCCUUUACCCGCUUGCCUUUUUUCACUUUCUACGCAAUCCACAAUAUGCACAGAAACCCACCUGGAACUUGCUGAGUUUAAAAAGGAAACAAUAUUGCCGUGAAGGGCCCUAAAGUACAUUUCCACUUUCUUUUUUUACUGAACUGUGUCUUUUACGAAUGAAACAACCCUGAAAUGGAGAUGAUAACUUCAUCGACAAGAAGUUAAUAUUACUUUUCUUGGCCUUCCUUUCUUUGUAAAGCUUUCGCUUUCAUUUGCACGUAAAGGCAGAAAGUAUGUAUUGAAGUGAUACUGAGAAAAAGACAAAAAAAGUAAAUGAAUUCUUUCCUCGAUCUUAUGGUAUACUUAAAAAAAAUCUGUUUCUACAUAUCUAAAUGUGCUGUACCUUUGGUGUACAUAUACAAAUAUAACUAAUAAAUGUUGAUUCAUAACUCA